CUAUUUUUAGUGCGGAUGGAUACCUUCAAGGACGUGGCAGGCGCUCUAAUAUAUAAAAGGGAUUUUGCGUUUCGGUUGUAUAUAGAACUUGAGUGGAAGACGCGAGAAGUUGAUCGAGCAAAUAUCGCCACGUUCAAUCGUGUAAACAUGCAGAUCUUUGUGAAGACCCUCACUGGCAAGACCAUCACCCUCGAGGUUGAGCCCAGUGACACUAUUGAGAAUGUCAAAGCCAAAAUCCAGGACAAGGAAGGCAUUCCCCCAGACCAGCAGAGGUUGAUUUUUGCUGGUAAGCAGCUGGAAGAUGGCCGCACGCUCUCAGACUACAACAUCCAGAAGGAGUCCACCCUCCAUCUUGUCCUGCGUCUCAGGGGUGGCAUGCAGAUCUUCGUGAAGACCCUCACUGGCAAGACCAUAACCCUUGAGGUUGAACCCAGUGACACCAUCGAGAAUGUCAAAGCCAAAAUCCAGGACAAGGAAGGCAUUCCCCCAGACCAGCAGAGGUUGAUCUUUGCUGGCAAGCAACUAGAAGAUGGCCGUACACUAUCAGACUACAACAUCCAGAAGGAGUCAACUCUCCAUCUUGUCCUGCGUCUCAGGGGUGGCAUGCAGAUCUUCGUGAAGACGCUCACUGGCAAGACAAUCACCCUUGAGGUUGAACCCAGUGACACCAUUGAGAAUGUCAAAGCCAAAAUCCAGGACAAGGAAGGCAUUCCCCCAGACCAGCAGAGGUUGAUCUUUGCUGGCAAGCAACUAGAAGAUGGCCGCACACUGUCAGACUACAACAUCCAAAAGGAGUCCACCCUCCAUCUUGUCCUGCGUCUGCGUGGUGGCCAGUAGUUGGUCACAAUUUCAUGUUUGAUAAAGUUGAAUAUAGUAUUCUGAAUUUGGCAUUCGCCAUGACCAAAUGUUCAUUGCAUUCUUGGAAUAAAUGAUUAAAC